GGGGCAAUCUUCAAAUCCUACUCAAUGAGCAGUUAAGCAUCAAAUAUCCUCAAUGGCAAUCUGACAUGAAAAGUUCAUCUUUUCAGGGCCUGGACACACGAGGGCGCUGUUGGAUUCCAAUUGGUGAUACAUGUACGUUAAGGCUAAUUACCAAAGUAACAGGCAGCAGAAGCCGUAGUGCUACCUUGGCCUGCCCUGAAACAACCCAAUGGAUCUCAGUUCAGGCUCUGAAACAGCCACCCCUUACACCACUGUAGGAGGACCUGCUUUGGAGCAGGAGCUGUCUCUGCCCAGCGCCCACUGUCAAACAGAAAGUGGAUGCACUCUUUUACUACAGUUGCUGGAAUUUAAAACUCACCUAGUUGAGGCUGUAGAGGAGCUGCAUAUUAGGAAGGAUGCAGAGACACUCUCUGAGGGUCAGAUCAGUAAACUGGUGUUGGAGAAACAGAAGCUAGAGUGGGAGAAGGAAUCCCUACAACAUCAAAUUGAAACAGUCUCAAACCAGCACACAGAGUCACUCAGCAAUGUUAAGAAGCAGUUUCAGGCCAAAAUCAGAAACGUUGAGGAGGAGAAGGGGAAAUUCCAGGUCAGUGCUGAGUUAAAGGACAAGGAGAUUAACAACUUAAAAGAAGAGCUAAGGUCACUACAGUUGCUGAAGUACAACUUAGAGAAGAAAUCAAACGAGCUGGAACAGAAACUAGCUUUGCAGAGCAGGUCAAAGGACAGCCACUUGAACCAGCUGGGGGAGGUGGAGAAACAAUUCAGUGCUCUGUCCAGGAAGUGUGCCAUGGUCAAGCAGGCCCAUGAGAAACUAGAGCAAACUGUUGAUGAGGCCAUGAGAAUCAAUAAGAAACUGACUUCUACAAAUGAAAAACAAGAAGUAACCAUUGUGUCACUGAAGAAGGCGCUGGAGGAGGUGAGUAACAAGCUGAUCAAAGUCGAGAUGACAUCAAUCAGACAUGACAAGACCCACAGUCAUACAAGCAAAGAGCAGUAUAUACAGAAGCUGCACCAGAAACUGAAUAUGGAAACUGCCAUGAACAAGAAGCUCAGGGAGGAAAAUGUAGCUGUAAGAGCGGAAAAACAGGAGGUCAUGAGGUCCCUGCAGCAUACCCAGCAGCUAUUGUUGAGUCAGACACAGACAGUAAAUGGAAUAGAGCUGGAGCUGCAUACACAAAGAGAGCAGUACCAGGUCCUUAAGCAGGAACAUGAGGUGAUGCGAGACAAAAGCAAGGCAAUGGAAGACAAGGUGGCCCAACUGAUGGAGUGCCACGCUGCUUCCAAGACCAGCUGGGCCAAAGAGAUGAGAAACAGCAGUCAGGUCUUCCAUCUUACUGAACUCAACUCCAGCUCUGAGCUGCCGGGCUCUGGAAGUCUGCAGCAGUUGGCCUUCUCUCAAAUCAAAAACACAGACUGUCUUGAGGAUGCAGGACCUGUGACAAAGCUAGUAACUGGAGGACAAGAAGCUAUAAACCUCCAACAGCAAUUUCAAUUUAAACAGCCCCUGAACACUUCAAACUUGCUUACCUGCCCACUUAUCACCAACAGUCUUUUUAGCCCCUGCAGUCACUGUGGGACAACAGGCAAUGACAGCAGUAUAUUGAGCAGUGAGAGUGAUCCUGAUGUAGCUUCAGAUUUAAUGUAUGCUACUUCCCCUGUGACUGAUGUUAAUUUCCUGAUUAGCAAAGUGAGCUGUGUGAGCGGCACUACUUCAAACAGUGAUCACAAGUCUAUCAACACAUCUGUAGGUUUACUGAGCAAAGAAAAAAAUGAAGAAGGUGGAGCAGAAGAGAGAGUAAAGACAGCAAAGCACACAUCAAAAACACCAGAAACACACAUACUGGCUCAGACAACAACUGACUGGACUAGCAAGAAGAGCAACAUACAGCAGGUCAUUGACUGCGUGGGUAGUGAGCCACCACAGGCUGUCUAUGAGCCCUCAGACAACUCAAGUUUCUCUCAGAAAGUCAUUGAGAAGGAUACUGACUCCAGCCAUGUGAACAAAGAGCGUGAAAUUUGUAGAGAAGGACAGUUGCUCCACACCCUCAGCUUCUGAUGGAAGUGUUGAUCAUGGGCUUAACACCAUACAAAACCUGUGCCAUGAUGAGGUCCAGACACAAGAUGCUGAGCCACUCAGUCAGAUGCCAAAUCAAAUUUCUGAAGUUUCUGACAAAUCCGCAGAAGGGAAGCAGAUGAACAGAUCAGCAGCUGAUUUCCCCACUGAGCAUUCGGAACCUCAGAGUCAGUCAAGAACUUGUGGCUCACAGACAAAUGCUGUACCAUUAGCUGCUCCAACAGACACUAUUGUCAGUAUCCAGGAGUUAGAGACAACUACAGCACAAACAGUACCUAGUCUUCUCUCUGACAUCACCAGUAACAUGAAACAAACAGAUGAAAUGUGUGUGAGUGGGGGAUGUGUAUUAUUGAGAACACUGGUUGAACCACAACCAUUAUCUCAAAGUUGGGAAAUCUCAGAACAAGUAACCAAUAAUGAUGAUGACGGUGAUUCUAGUGAAUAUAAAGGUGAAGGUCAAUCAAAUGUGGGCACACAAGAAAAUUAUGACAGAGAGACUUUUGAGAAGUUUUUGGAAAAAUCUAAUUUCAAGGAUGUCUGUGUUGGCAUCACGAUGGACACUGUAGACCUUGAGGUGGAGUCUGGCACUUGUCAGAACCAUAAGAAAGAUGACAAAAUAGAAGACACAAAAGAUGAAAAGACCACUAAAAGUGAGACCAAUUUGAAGCUGUCUGUUCCAAAUAGACCCAAGGUGUCAUUUGAUUUGGUCUCAGCCCUGCAUCAGUUUGUUCAGGUAUUACAAUUUAAAAACUGAAGUAUAACCAUUUACAGGCCAUCAUAA